AGAUAUUCUAUCCUCCCUAGUAUUACUGUAGACAGAAUUGUGGACUGUAUGAUUGUUAAAGGUUCCUUCAACACCAAACUCUUUAAGACAUUCAUUAGUAGUAUACUAGAGUACAUGAAUCCAUUUCCCAGACUACAAUCUGUCUUAGUAAUGGAUAAUUGUCUGAUCCACAAAUUAUUUGCUAACAAAGAGAAUAGGGGUGUCAGGCUUGAAUAUCUUCCCUCAUACUUACUAGAUUUCAAUCCUAUUAAGCAAGCAUUCUCUCUUCUCAAGGUACAGCUGUGUUAG